AUGUUCUGGGGCAGCAGCAACAAUAGCAACAAAGAACAACCAAAGUCCAAACCGGACGAAACCGCAGCAGCAGCAGACAAGAAGCUGCCCGCGCAGCGCCCACAGCUCGACGACCACGAUGAGGGCUUUUACGAUGAUCUCUAUUCCUCCUACUCAGUCGACUCCACCGAAACCAACUACCGCUACGCCGCGUACGCCAACCGCUUCCGGACAAUCCUCCUCUCCGCGCACCGCUAUGUAGCCUACACCUCAGACAUCGGCGAAUCCUUCCGCCCAGUCGCACACCCAUGGCUCAUACGCUCAGCCUACGGCAUCUCAUGGGCAUAUCUGCUCGGAGACGUAGGACACGAAGGGUAUAAGGCGUACCUGCGCAAUCGGCGCGCGCUGGCCCCGCCAGGCGACUCGUAUAAAGAUGCAAGCAUGGCGACGGGGAAUCUGAAUCCCCAUGGGAACGAGCUUUCCCCGUGGCCGACGGCGCAGAUCCCACUCGCGGAGGAUUAUCGCUUGGUUAUGGCAAAGCGCGCGGUAUUUCAGAGUCUUGCCUCUAUGGGAUUGCCGGCGUUCACGAUCCAUAGCGUGGUGAAGUAUUCGGGGAAAAUGGUGAAGAAUGCGAAGACUAACCGCUUCAAGCUCGGCCUCGCCGUGGUGCCCUUCCUCCCCUAUUUCUUUGAUCACCCCGUCGAGGAAGCAGUGGAAUGGAGCUUCCGCACCGCUCUACGCGCUUACGGCGGCGAAGCGGCUGUGCGCUCGUUGCCGGCUAGUGCACACGACACCCUCAGCCAUGAGAGUGAGCAGAUUAGUCGCGCGGCUCAUCUCUCGUGGGAGGAGUAUAAGGCUGAGCGCGAGCGGGCACGCCAGAUGCGCAAGGAGCGAAGUGGUGAGGAGGCUGCUGGAAAGGAGAAGAAGGAUUGA